AAUAGGCAAUAGGAAAAAGGGACCCUGGGCCUCCUGGCCAAUGAACACUGCUGAAGUGUGAGUGAUCGCGGAAGGGCGGGGAAUGAGGCUGGGGCUGGGCAGUAAGAGGUAGGGCCUAGGACCUCUUAGCCAAUAGAAACGGAGAAAAGGGAACCAAUGAAAAAAGAGCCGGGCGGUCAACUUGACCUACGGCCAUGUCUAUUCAUGUACUGACAGCGUCAACAGUCAAUAGGAAGGGCUGAAGAAUUCUUCGACUUCCUGAGAUGGUCAGGAAGGAAUGACACCUAGAGAGAGGCGGGCUGAACUUGUGCUUAACUUAUCAGCCAAUGACUGUCUUUCUUCAUUUUGCAGAAGGCUAGGAAGAUCAGCAAAUGGUAGCUUCGAGGGGCAGGGUGCUGCCAGCAGGCGGUGCCAGAGCAAGAAUAGUCAGUGACAACCAGAGACAAGCGCGAGAGGAGGUGACAGCUGGAGACAUCUCUGAGAAGGAGCCUGGAGCAUCCUCGCUGCGGCUCCUAGCCAAUAAGAGAGCCACUGCCUUGCCCCCAGGAGAUCUAAGAUAUGGCACCCAAGAAGGCCAAGAGAAGGGCAGCAGCAGAAGGGAGCUCCAAUGUCUUCUCCAUGUUCGACCAGACUCAGAUCCAGGAGUUCAAGGAGGCUUUUACUGUAAUUGACCAGAACCGAGAUGGCAUUAUCGACAAGGAGGAUCUCCGGGACACCUUUGCAGCCAUGGGCCGUCUCAAUGUGAAGAAUGAGGAACUCGACGCCAUGAUGAAGGAAGCCAGUGGGCCCAUCAACUUCACCGUCUUCCUGACCAUGUUUGGGGAGAAGCUGAAGGGUGCGGACCCUGAGGAUGUAAUCACCGGAGCCUUCAAGGUCCUGGACCCAGAGGGCAAGGGCACCAUCAAAAAGCAGUUCCUGGAGGAGUUGCUCACCACACAGUGUGACAGAUUUUCCCAGGAGGAGAUCAAGAACAUGUGGGCAGCUUUCCCUCCAGAUGUGGGCGGCAACGUAGACUACAAGAACAUCUGCUAUGUCAUCACACACGGUGACGCUAAGGACCAGGAAUAGGGGACCCAAGGUCUCAGAAGACCUACAUAGGCAUCUAGCCUCCCCAACUCUCACCCGACCCCCAAUAAAACUCAACUGGUCUUUGUUUCUUA